UAACGGUAUCGUGGCGCUGUCACAACACGUUUUCUGUCGUCUGUCAGUGUGGCCGUACCUGUGUACUGUAGCUUGUGUAGUAUGGGUGGAAUACACAAUGACAGGUAAUCAGUAACCACCUAUUGUAAAGGGAAGAGGUUAGGAUUAUACUGAGACAACUACAGUGACCAAAUUCGGGAGAGAUUUACAUUUAUACUGUACAGAAAGCCACGACUUGUUCGCCAUUUUCUGUUUCAAAAUUAUAACGGUGAUCGGAACCAUUUUACAAAGGUGUUUUCAAGUGUCACGUUCGAAUCACAUGUGAUCAUGCUUUUACCAACCUAACGGGAUAAUUUAAUCGGAAUAAUGGCAGAUACUAAAAACAAGGGAGGCGGAGAGCAGACUCUAACGGUUGCUCUCCGAAUUCGCCCUUUAAAUGAAGAUGAGACUAUGAUGGGGGCUGGUACUAUUGCCCAUAAAGUUCAAAAGAAGAUGGUGGUCCUUAUGGAUCCAAGUGACUCGGAACAUGAUGACGUUCUACGGGCCAAUCGAUCACGGGAGAAGAAGUUUGUGUUUGACUAUACAUUUGACAGCAAUGCGUCACAGGAAGAAGUGUUUAAGUCCACGGCCGGUUUCCUGAUACCGAGUGUUGUGUCAGGAUACAAUGCCACAGUGUUUGCCUACGGUGCUACAGGUGCUGGGAAGACCUACACUAUGUUGGGAAAUAAUGACAACCCAGGCAUAAUGGCCAUGUCUCUGAACGUGCUGUUCCAAGAGAUGGAGCGUACUAGGGAGGAUAUGGUCUACAAAGUCUCGAUGUCCUACCUCGAGAUCUACAAUGAGAUGAUCCGAGAUCUACUGAGUCCAUCAGCAGGAAUUCUUGACCUGAGGGAAGAUGCUAAAGGAGGGGUUCAGGUAGCCGGACUGUCAGAGGUGACCACUCACACAACUAGUGAGGUGAUGGAGAUGCUACUGAUGGGUAACAAGGAGAGGACACAGGAGCCGACUGCGGCCAAUAAGACAUCCUCACGAUCCCAUGCCGUCCUUCAGGUCCUGGUCAAACAGCAGAACCGUGUACGCAACACCAAUCAGGAGGUCCGCAUGGGCAAGCUCUUCAUGGUAGACCUGGCUGGCUCAGAACGUGCUGCCGCUACCCACAACAGAGGCAAACGUAUGGUAGAGGGCGCUCACAUCAACCGCUCCCUACUCGCACUCGGCAACUGUAUCAAUGCCCUCAGUGACAAGAAUGGACCAAAAUAUGUGAACUACAGAGACAGCAAGCUUACAAGACUGCUGAAGGACGCACUAGGGGGCAACUGUAAGACGGUGAUGAUCGCCCACAUCAGCCCGGCCUCUAUACACUUUGAGGAAUCUCGCAAUACCCUCAUAUACGCAGACCGAGCCAAGCAUAUACGGACAAAGGUACGAAGGAAUGUUGCAGAUGUAUCUUAUCACAUAGCCCAGUACACUAACAUCAUCCAGGAGCUGCGGGAGGAGAUCAACCGGCUCCGUGUGAGGUUACACGACUCGGUCGAGAGUGGACCUGUCAAUGGUGCUAAAAUAAAAACAGUUCAAGCUGAGGUCCUGUCCACACAACACGGAGAAGCUCGCGAACAGCUCAACAAAGUCAAGGAACAGCUACUCAUCUCCUUCAAGGAUCAGAUGGAGCUCAGGAAAAGUUUGAUGGAGCUGAAUAAUGCCUCCAUGGAAAUAAGCCUAGAAACAAAUCGUAACCAGCUAAUCAUCAGCGAGUGGGAUGUUGAAAAAGCCAAGUUGCCAAGACGAGAAGGUGGCGAGGACAUGUACAGAGAGGAUACAAAGACCAUGGAACUUUCGGGGCUGGGCUCUGAUGAUGUCUCGGAACCUGAUGAAGUGCGCAUGGCUCGGGAGGAACUAAGAGUCCUUCACGAGGAGAAACAUCGCACAGAGAAGAUUCGGGGAACUGUACAGAAAGAGCUGGACACAGCCAAGACUAAGACCACCAGACUACAGGAGAACAUCCCCCAGCGGAUCAAUGGCGAGGACCAGCGAGAGAUUCUCAGUCUAUUGUACAAGGUACACAUCCUGGAGAUAGAGAACACCGAGGUCCAGUCUGCCUGUCUGCUCCGGGAGUUCCAGAUCAAGAAAAAGGACAUGGUGUUGUCAAGGUUCCGACAACACCAGAACCUUACCGACCAGAUUAUUAAACGACAGAGGGUUCUCCUGGCAGAAAAAAACAUUGCAACACCAAAAGACCUAGAGGAACUGUAUGAUCUGUACAAACUGGAGCUGGACGAUAGGCUCCUACUCACAGACGAGGACUCCGGCCUCAGCCCCGAGUACCUCAAGAUUGGAGGAGUAGGACGCAGCAACCGGUCAUUCAUUGCAGAUGAGGGUGACCAACUGAGUACCCUGGAGGAGGAAGACGCCAGGCUCACUCCCAGGUUUGGAGAAGGAGAUAAGUUGUUUUCUAGAAGUGCUAGAGCCCAGCGCUUGAGGGAUGACAAUUUGUCUGUGAAUUGGUUAGAGAAUGGUACUCCUCGCACUCCACGGUCUCCACACUCGUCCCGACAUAACAGUCCACAGCCUAUGGCCGUCGGUCUGUACAGGGAUGAUCGCACCACCAUCACUAGCAACACACGCAAUAUCGCUGCCCUGGCUGCAAAGAAACGAUCCAAAGCCCAAACUAACCUUCUUAAUCUUGAACGACAAUAUGGUGAGCCGAGGUCACUAUACCGACCUUCAAAUGACGAAGCAUACCUGUCUCCUCGCACACUGGCGAGACAUAACCAAAGUUACGAUGAUGUUGUGCUCCCAUCUAUUCACAAACCUCCAAGUGAGGAUAACUUGUCCAAUGCAACAAAGCAGAGUGCUAACACUGACAAUAGUAACCUGCCACCAAUCAGGGCUGGGCGAAAAGGGACGAAGGAACCGGACCUAAAGCGCAACCGACGGACACGAGGAUACGACAACAGCUAUAGUUCACAGUAUGCAAAAAUAAAUGCUGGAAGAACCAGACAUGGAGUUGAUGUAUAUGGACGAACAAAACGUGGACAGAAAGGUGAUUCCUCUGGAGGAAGUACCCCACAGAGCAAGUCUAAGGGUCCGGUACCCACCAUAACAAGCUACAGGAAGGGAGACAUUGCUGUGCAUGGUUUUAGUCUACCACGAUGAGGCUGACCUCUGACCUAACCCAUGGGUCGUAUACAAAUGGUGCUGGUGUACAAUUUGAAUGAAUAGUACCUUCCUUUUUUUAAGAGUUUUCGGGAAGUCUGAAGUAUCAGAAUAUCUAUCUGAUUCUAAGAAAAUGGAAUUUAUAUGAAUAAUAGGAAUUUGAAAGCGAAAUCUGAAACAUCAGAUUAUUUGGACGACUACGAUUUUCUGUAUUUUUUAAGGAUAUUGGAUACACCUGACAUUUCAAAGGAAGUCGGAUAGUUCUUGAAUCCUGAAAAUCCAAACAUAUCAUGACAGGUUAUGAGAACUGUGGAAUAACUGAACUCUUGAUUAUGUCACUUUUUAGAAUUUGCACUUGUUUGACAUUUUGAAAUAUGGCGUAUUCAGCCUACAGGAUGAACUGACUUAACAAGCUAGGUCAAUGAAAUUGUCUUGUUAUGUCAUUACAGCAAUUUGUUCCCAUAACUGGAUAUUGACUCUGAGCUCCUGUUUCUGUUGUCUCGGUGUCCUGACUUUAGGUCUACACGUACCAUUAUGUGUAUGGUCAUUCUUGCUUGAGAGCUAGCCGAUAGCAACUAUCAAUGACUUUAUGUGGUAGAAUGAUUAGUGUUGAACCCACAACAAAGACUCUGUGAAUGACCUACACUAUUGUUCUAUUGUUUUCUUAGUUGUUAAUCAUGAGGGAUUUUUAACUUGAUUUUAGGAAGAUCUGUUUAUCUGAAGCUGAGAUAAUGUUUUAUGCUUGAAAUGUUGCCAGUGAAAAAAACUGACAAAACUUUCUGUGAUAUUACUUAAUAGUCUUGUUGAUGUUUUUUUCUUCAAAUUAAGAUAUUUUAAGAUGUAUAUGUGUUGUAGCAAGAAGAAAAUAUUUGUUAUAUAUGUUCCUCAUUAAUUUUUGAGAAGCCCAUGUCUGAUACGUUUUCAUGUUCUUUUUCAAAAUAGUGUAUUUGCCAUAAUAAGCAUCCCUCCCAUGGUGAAAUAGCACAAAAAUGUACUUUCCCCAAACUCAAAAGAUAUGGUUAGUACAGCACCUAUACAGGAAUGAUUAUAUGGAUGUGAUUAGUUAAAUCAAGUGAUCUGUUAUAUAACAUGUGAACUGGAUGUACUCCUUAAUAGUGCUUACCUAGAGGCCAAACACUAAUCUUACACAUCAUUUGUCAAUUACACUGUUUGUAUGCAUAUUUACAUGUACAGUGAAACAUUUUUGUUCAUACUGACAUUUGAAUAUUUUUGUAUUCUCUAUAGAAAUCAAAGUGUCACUUCAAUUUCUAUAAAAAUUACAAAAAGUUACUUUUAUAAAAUUGAACUGACACUUCGAUUUCAAUGAGAAAUUACAAAAACUACUAUUCAUUGAAUAUAAGUUUCCAGUGCACGAUAAUGUCUUGCUUUGUAAAUUUGAAGUAACUUCUAGUCCAUUUUCAUUUUUUUUUAUGUUUUAAUCAUUAUGUGAAACAUCAGGUUUUGCUGUUUUAGUUGUAUAUUUUCAGUGAUGAAAACCUAUUGCUUGUGAUAUCGAUAUGAUAGUGUUGUAAUAAUCAGCAUCUGUAUUUAUGUGCUUAUAAGCUGUGCGUAAUUUGAAAGGGUCUAUACUUGUGCCAAACUAUACAUUUUGUGCAUUUAGUUGAAUUUUAUAAAACAUUCACAACUUUUUUGAAUUACUAUAUUAAGAUUUUCUACCUACCUUUCCUUGUUUGUCUGUCACCACUACGCACCAAGUAAAUUAAAAGCAAUGUCCUAAUUUACAAUCAUUUCAAGUUUGCAAAUAAAUAUAUUUUACAUCAAUCUAUCAAAUAAAUUAUUCUUUCCAUUUUAUUAAAUGCAUUGCAAUGUUGUUUGAAAAUAGCUUAGUUUCAUCCAUUGGAUGUGAAGUGAUCUGAAGACCUUGUUAUGGGAAGUCCUGUGUGUACCAGGUGUGUUAUUUUAUACAGUUUUGUCCCUCAUCUCACCUUAGUGCUGACUGCUGCAGACUUCCAUUCUUAUCAUCUUUACACUGUUUUAUGUACUGAUAUAAUUUGUUCAUUGUUAUGCAUGUUGAACGCAGCACACCUAUCAACAUGUGCAUCAUCAACCUAACAAUAAAUUGCCCAUUUCUUGUAGGACAGACAGAAAUGUGGUACAAUAUUUUUCUUAGGUUCUAUAUAUGCAAAGCUUUUUUUCCAUAUACCGGUUAUUAAUUCAAAAAAUAUUUAUAAUAGACACAUUUAUGAAAUUUGACUGAUAUGAAAAUAUUGUACAUGUACCGUAAUAAAUAUUGGUUUCUGUUGCCUACAAUCAUUUAACCUGCAUCGUUUUAUAUUAGGAGCUUUCUAAAUUGAAUGACUGUUCUUUCUUGUAAAAUUGAUUUGACUCUAAGUCUGUGAAUAAAUACUGUAAAAUUCAUCUUUUUAUAGAAUCAUCUAGGAAAAUAAGAAAAAAAUCCAAUAUUUACGGGGUUUUUUCCCAUAUUUUGUCACCCCAGGAAAGACUUGAGAUUGGGUUGGCAUAUCCAUAUCUAGGAUACAUGUACAUGAAGUUGAAUUUGAAUGUAUGAACUGGUACUGUGUGAUUGUAUGGGUGAGCCUUGUAAAUUCAGCCACCUCUAUUUCCAGCUUAAGUUAUUGGACAGUGAUAGAACCUUUUUUAAAUCCAAAUAAACAACCUGUCCCCUAAAGAAAACCUGACUGGAUAUAUAAGUGAGGAGACGAAAUCGGUCCUGGCUGGAUUAACCAGUCUUGCCGGUUUACUUACAUUUGAUAUUAUCUAUUUUCUGUGAUAUAUAUGUGUAGCCUGUUGGUAUUUAUUGCUAUGUAAAAGCUGUCCUGUCUUAUGAACUGAAGCAGUUAUUUUUAUCCUGUAAUCUUGACUACUUUCAUCCAAUUGUUUAUAAUUUCACCAUAUAAAAAUGUGCAUAUCAAGUUGUUUACAGAGAUAUUAGGCACAGAGAAAUCUUCUCUGAUAUCUUAAGAGACGAAUGGUAUUUGAUUUGAUGAUAAAUAAUUUGAUUUGUCCUAUCAUUCAUAAUGUUAUAUGGUUGGAACAAAUUUAUUGCUGAUUUUAGUCUUUGUUAAAAGUUUAGUUAUGGGAAUAUAAAUGACACUUUUUCAUUAUGGAGACCGUUAUAUCCUACAGAAACACCAGUGUAACAGUGAAAACGUGCUGAACUCGCACCUUUACAUAAUUUGAUUGUGAUACUUAAAAUAGUAAGAAUGAUUUUCUCAACACAAUAAGUCAUCUCCUUUUAAAAUUAUUCUCAUUACAACAAAUUAGAGUCAUGUGUCAGCCAAGAAGGGGGACUGCUGAAAGUCACAAAUCUUUGUCUUAAUAGAUGACCACAAGAGUGAGUGGGUGACCAUAAUAGUGGGUGUGUGGCCUAUAUAGUGGAUGUGUGGCCUAUAUAGUGGAUGUGUGGCCUAUAUAGUGAGUGGGUGACCUUAAUAGUGGGUGUGUGGCCUAUAUAGUGGAUGUGUGGCCUAUAUAGUGAGUGGGUGACCUUAAUAGUGAGUGGGUGACCUUAAUAGUGGGUGUGUGGCCUAAAUAGUGAAUGAGUGACUUUAAUAGUGAGGUUGUGACCUAAAAAGUGAGUGAGUGACAUAAAUAAUGUGUGGGUAACCUAAAUAGUGAAGGAAUAAUCUGAAUAGUUGGUGGGUGACCUAAAUAAUGGGUGACCUAAAUAAUGGGUGGGUGACCUAAAUAAUGAGUGGGUGACCUAAAUAGUGUUGUUGUGCCCUAAAUAGUGAUUAAGUUGAGUCAGUGGGUGACCAAUGUUUUCUUUCAGUCUUUCAGUUAGUACAUAACUGGAAUCAUUUCUCUCCAAAGCAAUAAACACUAUUUCUCUUAUUUUGUUUUGGGGUAAUUGCAUAGUUGUGAUUGCAUCAUAAAGCUACUGUUUUAUUUUUAUUUUGUGAUGUUGUUGAGAUGUAAGUUAACAAUCAUACAGUUAUUUAAAAAUAGAUCUGACAGAAAAUGUAAAAUGUCAGCAUCAUUUAUGCUAUGAACUAUCACAGUUUGUGAUUACAGCUUCAUCUAACACAUAUUUAGCCUGAUAAUUCGCAUAUCUGUUCAUUCCACUUUCAGCCAGCAGCAUUGGUUACAUAGAAGGUGCAAUUUUAGGUGUCAGCAUAUGUGUUUUAAUGUAAAAAUAAUUCCAAAUACAUUUCUGCAUAUAUAAAUGCUACCUCUGUCCCUGUAGUUUUGAAUGGUAAGCUUGUUUUGUCUCUGGUGAGUGCUUGUUCUUUUAUGUUCUUGAUCAAGUCCUCUUCAUUUGUUGAUGGUUGAACACAGCAUAUAUACCCAGAUAUAGCCAGUCUUGCCUAGUCUCAUUCAGUCAACGAGAAUUUUUCCAUUUUGUUUCUUUUCUUUGUAGACAACUUAUCUAUUAGGUAUAUUAGUAAUUUUUGGGGUUCUUAUUUAUAUCAGUUGCAAAAUAAGUUUUAGAUAUAAUGAGAUAUAACUGAUGGGAAAAAGUCCUAAUUAUGUAUUUAAUGAAAGCUUUUUGAGCUUGAUUCAAAGACUAUAUGACCAAUGGAAGGUUUUUUUGGUAGGGGAAAAGACAAACUCAGAAACUGAUUUUUAUAUAUUAUCAAAAGGUUGUUUGCUUUUCAUAAGUAAGGUAAUUGCAUUGUUAAAAUAAGAUCAUGUUGCAACAAAAAAAAAGAUUUUAUUUUAAUAUCAAACACACAUCAUUUGUACUGCUGCCAUGACAGAAAAUAGAAUAAUGUGCUAAGUGGAGUUAUCUCCCCUCUCGGUAAAAUGGCUGACCAUUCAGUGAUGACAAGGAAAUGAUUCUCUACUCUGUAAAUGUGCCUUAAAUUCAGUUGUUUGUUAUUUCCAGCAGUUCAGAUCAUUAUACUAUACAUCUUGAGAAGUUAUGCUAUCUUACUCAUUUACCUGUGAUUUUGUAUUAAGAAUAUAUGCUGCUUUACACUUUAUAGGUGUGGUUUGUGUAAGAGUUAAGGAUAUAUGCCAUGUAACACUUGAUACCUGUGAUUUUUGUUAAAUAUGUAUGCUACCUUACAUAUAACACGUAGAAGUUUUUGUUGAGUUAAAGAUAUAUGCUAUUCUACACAUCUUCCCUGUAACUUGUUAGAGUCAUCUACUUUGACGAUAACUUAGUUGGUGUUGUCUAAUCAUUCAUAACUGCUGGAGUGUUAUCAAGGAAUGUAUUCUAGUGAAGAAUUAAACAUAAUACCAUUCUACUGAACAGGUCUCAAUUACUAAUCACAAAACAUGUAUCAUAGCUUACUAGGUUUGGAAUUCCUUUGCAAAGGAGAUUUGUUUUACAGGAAAUGAGCAUACAUCCUUAACAAAUACAGUUUCCUCUAACUUGUAUUGAAACUUUCAAGCUUUUCAUCUCUAGCUUCUUUUCAUAAAAGAAUUAAAACAUGUUUUUUAACCACUGAUGUAUAAUGAUCUGUUGAUCAAGGUUCAAUUGUGGCUUUGCAUAUUGCAGAGUUAUCUUCUCUUGUGAGCAGGCAUUGAUUGUAAGGUCAUUGGUUUGUGAGAGUAA